AUGCAACGGAGCGAGAAGAAACGGCACUACGCAGACUUUCAGAACAUCUACAGUAGUCCACAAUUUUCUGUGAUGCUCUCUCCAUUUUUCACAUCUGAUGAACAGAUUGUGAUGAAAUCAUAUCUGAUGGUAGAUGCGAUAUUGACAAAGAAGGACUUGACUACAAAAUUGAUCGUUUUUCUAUCUUUUACAUUCUUUCUAACUGAAGCUCCGCUCGGAGUUAUUUAUUUGGUGAAAGUGUUUUACAGGAGAAACGAUCCAAUCAGCAUUCUCUCAACAGACUUUGUAAUCUAUUUCACACUUCUGGUGACAGUUAAUUCAAUUUUACAUCCGAUUUUUUGUGUUUUCAUGUCCAGUCAGUACAGGAAUACAAUUCGAACAAUGUGUGGAGUCACCAAAAAAGCCAAAACGCCAGUGAAAAAUAAGACAAGUGCUGUUUCAGUUCAAGGAAUUCAAAUGACAUGA